UGGAUAUAGAAUAGGAUCACCCUGUGCUCUGCUAUCUUUUACCCUGUUUCUAUGUCUGUGUAAACCGGAAUACUGCGUGCGAUCUACUUUUUGCACUCAUUCCUAAGGAAUCCUAAAGUGUGUACACCUCGUUGGUUACUUUUUUUUUUUUUUUUUUUUUUUUUUUGCCCGGACAACAAGAAUCAACCGGUGGAUGGUGGUCGCAUCAGGAUGUUAUAUUUGUGGCUCUGGAUGGAACAUUGUCUUCACUCCAGCCAUUAAAAUCUAGGGCGCUUUAAUCUAAACGCCUGUUCUCCAAGCAACAUUUAUGAAAGGGGGCAGGGGGACACACAGACCAAGUGGGCAAGAUAAUUGAUUUCGGUUUAUGAAUGGCACUGACAUGGAGGAAAUUCCGUUUCAGAAAGUCAAAACCAGGAGGAAGAAAGGCCACUGUCCCCCUGGAUUCCCUUUAAAUGCUCUCGCCUGCGAGGACGAAUUUGAUUGCAAAGAGCUGGAAUCUCUUUUCCAGAAUUACAACCUGAAAUUGGAGCAAACCUCGACUUUGAAAGCGCUGGCUGUUUUGAUCAUAAUGACUUCAACUUUGGCCCUGGUGGAACUCAUGUCUGGCCCCAGCUUGACCAUUUCCAAAGGGUCCCAUCCAGUGCACUGUAUUAUCUUCGUGUCACUUUUCAUCGUCACCAAUGUCAAGUACUUACAGGUGAUCCAGCUGCAACAAAUCGUCAAGCUGACCUUGCUCUUCAGCUUUACUUUUUCUUUCCUUUGCUGUCCCUUUUCACUCGGAGCUUAUGGUUUGGAGCCACCGACCGCCCCAGAGCAGGGGAUGUGGCAGCUAAUGCUAGUGACAUUUGUCGCUUAUUCCUUAUUACCAGUGCGGACUUUACUGGCCAUAGUAUUUGGGCUUAUGGUAUCUGUAUCUCAUAUCAUUAUCAGCGCAACGUCUGUCACUGCCAAAAGACACCCGCUGUGGAGAACACUGGUAGCCAAUGCUGUCCUUUUUGCCAGUGUAAAUCUGUCUGGAGUGUUUGUGAGAAUUCUGACAGAAAGAGCUCAGAGAAAAUCCUUUCUUCAGGCCAGAAACUGCAUAGAGGACAGGCUGAGGCUGGAGGACGAGAAUGAGAAGCAGGAGCGACUUCUAAUGAGCCUUCUGCCUAGAAAUGUGGCAAUGGAGAUGAAGGAAGACUUUUUAAAACCUCCUGAACGGAUUUUUCACAAGAUCUAUAUUCAGAGGCAUGACAAUGUCAGCAUCUUGUUUGCAGAUAUUGUGGGCUUCACAAGCCUGGCCUCUCAGUGUACGGCCCAGGAACUGGUGAAGCUUUUAAAUGAACUCUUUGGAAAGUUUGAUGAGUUAGCCACUGAAAAUCACUGCAGGAGAAUCAAGAUCCUUGGAGAUUGUUAUUACUGUGUUUCUGGACUGACCCAGCCAAAAACUGAUCAUGCUCACUGCUGUGUGGAAAUGGGAUUGGAUAUGAUUGAUACCAUCACGUCUGUAGCUGAAGCCACUGAGGUGGACCUGAACAUGAGAGUUGGACUUCACACAGGGAGGGUGCUUUGUGGGGUACUUGGCCUCCGCAAAUGGCAGUAUGAUGUCUGGUCCAAUGAUGUGACCCUAGCAAAUGUAAUGGAAGCUGGUGGUUUACCUGGGAAGGUUCACAUUACAAAGACCACCCUGGAGUGCCUCAAUGGAGACUAUGAAGUAGAACCUGGAUAUGGCCAUGAGAGAAAUAGUUUUCUACAGAAGCAUAACAUUGAAACAUUUUUUAUUGUUCCAUCUCAUCGACGUAAGAUAUUCCCGGGAUUAAUCCUCUCAGACAUAAAACCUGCCAAAAAGAUGAAAUUCAAAACCGUUUGCUACUUACUUGUUCAGCUCAUGCACUGCCGAAAGAUGUUCAAAGCAGAGAUUCCCUUUUCUAACGUUAUGACGUGUGACGAUGAUGACAAGAGAAGGGCGCUCAGAACAACUUCGGAAAAACUAAGAAAUCGCACUUCCUUUUCUACCAAUGUAAUACACAACACCCCUGGCACAAGGGUAAACAGAUAUAUCAGUCGACUCAUAGAGGCACGACAAACUGAGUCAGAGAUGGCAGAUUUACAUUUCACCACAUUAAUGUACAAACAUGCUGAGCGGGAGCAGAAAUAUCAUCAGCUUCACGAUGAAUACUUCACCAGUGCAGUAAUUCUCUCACUGAUCCUCGCUGCCUUAUUUGGCCUUGUCUACCUUCUAAUAAUACCACAGAGUACUGUUGUUCUUGUCCUCCUGGUGUUCUGCAUAUGCUUCCUUGUUGCUUGUAUUAUGUAUCUGCAUGUCACUAGAGUACAGUGUUUUCCAGGGUGCCUGACCAUACAAAUUAGAACAAUUUUGUGUGUGUUCAUAGUGGUCUUAAUUUAUGCAGUGGCCCAAGGAUGCGUGGUUGGCUGUAUGCCAUGGAUUUGGAACAACAACUCCAGCAGUUCUAUAGUGAUCAUCAACUCCAAUGGAGUGAACAGAACAAUGGCAGAGCUGCCAUGCGAUACAGCCCACUAUGCCUUUCUCUCAUGUGUCGUUGGGACUCUAACACUUGCAAUAUUUCUACGUGUUUCCUCAUUGGCAAAAAUGAUCCUGCUCUUCCUUGUCACUAUUUUGUACAUAGUUAUUCUUGAAAUCAGUGGAUUCAGAAAAUCACUGGGGGGAGGUUCUUUUUACUUACGAGGAUAUGAACCCAUUUUAGCAAUUUUGCUGUUUUUCUGUGCUUUGGCACUUCACUCCAGACAACUGGACCUCAAGUUACGUCUGGACUAUCUCUGGGCUGCACAGGCAGAAGAGGAGAGAGACGACAUGGAAAGAGUGAAGCUUGACAACAAAAGGAUUUUAUUUAACCUACUCCCAGCACACGUUGCACAGCACUUUCUGAUGUCCAACCCAAGGAACAUGGUAAGUGAAUUUCACUGCCACAUGGGUAAAAUAUCAAAAAAAAAUAUUAAUUUAAAUUAUCCAUGGUUGCAGGAUCUUUACUACCAAUCGUAUUCCCAAGUGGGUGUGAUGUUUGCUUCCAUUCCCAAUUUCAAUGAUUUCUAUAUUGAGCUGGAUGGCAAUAACAUGGGUGUGGAAUGCUUACGCCUGUUGAAUGAAAUCAUUGCUGAUUUUGAUGAGCUGAUGGACAAAGAAUGUUACAUGGAUAUUGAAAAGAUUAAAACUAUUGGCAGCACCUACAUGGCAGCAGUGGGGUUAGUGCCUACAACAGGAACCAAGGCCAAAAAGUCAAUCUACACUCACCUAAGCACAGUGGCAGAUUUUGCGAUAGAGAUGUUUAAUGUGCUAGAUGCAAUCAACUACCAAUCAUAUAACGACUUUGUCUUAAGAGUUGGUAUCAAUGUUGGACCUGUAGUGGCAGGAGUCAUUGGGGCCAGGAGACCACAAUAUGACAUCUGGGGAAACACUGUUAAUGUAGCCAGCAGAAUGGACAGCACUGGAGUUCAAGGGAAAAUACAAAUAACUGAAGAUGUGUAUCAAAUACUCAAGAAGUGCGACUAUGAGUUUGUGUGUCGGGGGAAGGUCAGUGUGAAAGGAAAAGGAGAAAUGCUGACAUAUUUCCUGGAGGGGCAAUCCAAUGGUCCUAACCAACAGACCAGGUCAGCGAGUCUUGAGAGGAAAAAGUACCCUUAUGGGAGAGCCAACAUUCAAACAAAGUUGGGCGCUAACUGUCCUUCAGUGUCGUCCGUAGCAAGCUUUACAGUGAAAGCUGGCCUUGGAACCAUUCAGGCCUCUAGUGCACUCUCAAACCAGACUGCGCAUUGCCUUCCAUCUGUGCCAGCUGCUAAGGAAGCAUGAAAAUGCUAUUUUGGUCAAGGACAGGUUUUGCUUACAAGAGAGGAACAUUCAGCAGACUAUAUAAUAAAUCUAUGAAAAGGCCAUCUCAACAGAAAUUUUCAAUUCAGUUAUGCAUGAAUUUUCACCAGAAGGUCUUGGGUAACAGCACAACCAAGGAUCACUGCAAUCCUACCAAAGAGAACUUUGGGUUCCACUAAAAAGAACUUUCGGAAAGGUAACAAGGGCUAACACUUUGUUAGGAUAGGUCCGAUAGGUCCUAAUUUGAGGUUUGAAAGUGCUUAUAGAAAUUUCAGAUACUUUGUACACUCUUAAUGUGCUUUUACCUCUGUUACCCAAACUGGAUGGACCAACGUUUCAUGUAAACAAUAAACCCUUCCAGUAAAGCAUCAGGGAAUAAAAGAUUCAAAUAUACCUAAAAUUAGUUUAAUGGUAUAUAACAACAAAAGUCAAUCUUACUUAAAGAGUAAGUCGUGGGGUUCCAAAAAAUAUAGCGUUACACGUCCCCACAUGUUGGU